UCCUCAUCUCAAGCACUCCCCUGCAUCCCCUGCAUAUCUGUGAAUCUGCCUCCUCCUCAUUCUUCUUAUCAUUUCUAAAGUUCCUAAGUAACCAUGGGUGUCUUCACUUAUGAAAUGGAGGUCACUACUGCUGUUACCCCAGCUAGGAUCCAAUUCAAGUAUGUGAAGCACAAGAUUGAUGGAGUAGACAAAGAGAACUUCACAUACAGUUACAGUGUUGUAGAAGGUGAUGCUUUGAUGAACACCCUUGAGAAGAUCUGUUACGAGACCAAGUUCAUGGCUGCCGCAGAUGGAGGUUCCAUCUGCAAGAGCAGCAGCAAGUAUUAUGCCAUUGGUGACAUAGAGAUCAGGGAAGAAGAUGUCAAGACCGGCAAAGAAAAGGCCUUGGGAUUGUUCAAGGCUGUUGAAGGCUACCUCCUGGCAAAUCCUGAUGCCUACAACUAAGGAAACCUUCUUAAUUAGUCUUUUGGCUUGUUAAAGUGGUCUGCUCUUUCUUUAUUUCCUUUACAUUGAAGAGUGCAUUUGGAUGUUAUACCAUUCUGCAUAACAAUAAUUAAUGAAAAUCAUCAUUAUCU